AUGUCGUGUUUUGGGUGUUUCAAGAGUAAAGUGGAGGAAGGUGGGGGCGAUGUGGGAGCUCGUCCUCGUCCUACAAAUAAUGUCUCGCCAACUGCGCCCGUGGCUAAAGUGCCGGUAGAGAAGCUGGUCGCGCAGAAGACGACCGAAAAGCAUCUAGAGAAACAAGAGUUGGACCCAGAGUUGAACGGUGUAAAUGAUGGCUUUCCCGUUGUCGAUCGCUGGCAAAAGGCAUUCGAAAAUCUCCCUGAGAACAAGCAGAUCAUUCUGAAGGAAAUGGACUUCGAUAAGCCAAAUCCUGUGAAUGUUGCGCCAAAUAUCACCGAGCUAAUCGAUGCUAUAAACGCGAAGCAAGAAGAGUGUGAGAGGAGGUUCUGGAAGACCACUGUAGGUGGAAACGAGAUUGUGUUUCGCGACUACACGACGAGUAUUAUUAGCUGGCUGGAAAAGGCCGGCGAUAUUGCGAUCCAGUUUGCGCCGCCUCAGGCGUGCCUACCCUGGGGUCUGGUCAAGUCGCUUAUGCAGAUCCCCGUCAACGAGAGCGAGCAAAUGUGCGCCCUACUCGCGACCACCGAGCGAAUAGUCCGAAUCACAGCUCGCGGCCAGGUGUAUGAGCAGGUCUACCUAUCUGCUGAAGCUGGAGUCGACCUACAGCCUAUCCAGAAGCAACUGGAAGGCGCCCUGCUCAAGAUUUACACUACUUCACUUGAGCUUCUCGCUGACUCGACGAAACUUUUGGAUGCAAAUACUGUCAGACGAACAAUCGAAGCUAUUAUCAACCCUGGCCAAUUUGCUGGCCAAUUAUCCGGUCUGAUGGAAGAUGAGGAUGAACUUCUCCGUGACGUUCAAGCAUGCGAAGUGCAGCGCAGCUCGGAUGCAGACAAUACAAUGAUUGAUAUGCUGAAGACAUUCAAUGACCCAAUUAUCCGCCUAGACAAAGGCAUCGCUCAUCUUCUCGCCCAUAUGAGCGAAAGCGACCGCAUAGGAAUGCUAGAAUGGAUCUCACCGGUUCCCUUCGGUACGCACCACGAUGGUGUUAGCGAAGACAGGACGCCGGGGACAGGUGACUGGUUAUUGCAGCAUGAAGAUUUUCAAAGCUGGGAGAAUGCAAACUCCUCGCUCCUCUUUUGGCUCCAAGGCUCGCCGGGCACUGGCAAGACGUAUCUCACAUCUGCCGUGAUUGAUCACAUCCGGAGCCAGACUACGAACGAAGGCUUUGCGUUCUUUUACUGUCGCCAAGGCGAGGAGUCGCGCUCACAGCCACAGUCGAUCUUGCAAAGCUUUGUACGACAGCUUUCAACAAAUGCAAAUAACCCCGAGUCUGUUCAGAUCAACCUGCGCGACGCGGUCAACACGGCCCGAGACAAAGGCACAAAUUUUCGCCUGCAGCAGUGCAAGGAGCAGAUACUCGUCUCGUUGAACGUCUAUACCAAGUCCACACUAGUCAUCGAUGCCCUGGACGAAUGCGAUCCAGAUACCCGCGACGAGCUGGUCGAGGCACUGAGCUCGUUUAUCCAAGAUGCUGAGAAUCCAGUUAGGAUCUUCAUCUCCAGCCGUCCUGAUCCAGAAAUCGCGACAGAGCUGCAGAGGAGUCCUAAUAUCGGGAUCCAGGCCGGUGACAACCAGGACGACAUUCAAAAGUAUCUCGACGUUGAACUGGACAAGCGGGCUAAAACGGUGACUAUUCUGAAGCGCAUGAAGGAAGAGAUAAUGGACACGCUGCUUGAGCGUGCGAACGGAAUGUUCCUGUGGGCAGUCCUUCAGGUUCAUCAGCUUGUGAAAUGUCGAUCUGCUCCCAGCAUUCGCGACCGGCUCAACAAACUUCCGGCUUCGCUCAAGGACGCAUAUGACGAGGUCUGGGCCCAGAUCAGCAGCUUGGAGGACCAUGAUCGGACGUCGGUGCUACGCGCUCUUCACUGGGUGGCAGUCGCGAUCAAGCCCUUGACCUCUCCUGAAAUACUGUCUGCCAUUCGUAUGAAUCCCGACGGAACCAUGGUGCCUGUGGAUGCAAUGCUUGAUGAAAAUGGAUUGCUGUCGCUUUGUGUCGGUUUCCUGACUGUUGAUCCCCAGCUGCGGGAGUGGCGCUUCCCGCAUUUGUCGGUCCAGGAAUAUUUGGAAUCGGAGAACCAUGUGUCGGGUUUCCAGGGCCACCUGGAAGCUGGAAUGGUUUCGCUCUCCUACUUUGUUCGCAAUUACAAAGACCUUGACUUGGAAAAAGAUCUCGAGCCGGAGGAACUUAAGGCCUUGAAUGCAGAAGACGCGCCAAUCCCAGCGGAUAUGGAUGAUCGCCUUGCCAAAAUGCACCCAUUCCACAUUUAUAUGAGACACUGCUGGAUUCUCCAUGUCCAGAAUGCCGAAGCUACCGAGGCGAGUGAAUUAGCCCCCCUCUUAAAGGCGUUUCUAGGGUCUCUGAGUAAGAGUUCCGUGCAGUACCAAAGCUGGCUUAGACAGGUCGAGAAAGACCUUGGCGUCCUUCACGAUUGGGGGAAGUUUUACUACUGUUGGGGGUGGAAUUACGGUGGAGAUCCCUUCAGAUAUCCCUUGUGCUAUAUACUUUCUGAGUUCUUUCCAGAAGAUGCUACUGUCUUUGCAAUGAUCCGAUUAUCCUUUGACCUCAUUCUAGCCUCUUGGUGGGAGGAGGCAGAGAUUGAUAUGUCACUCCGCAAUAAUGACGGCCAUCACCUCCUGGCCAUGGCGGCUAAUGUCGGCUCAUUACUCAUCUGCAAGUCACUCCUGGGCAGAGGAUUCGAUAUAAACGCGCGGUGCAAGGGUCUCGGAACCGGUCUUGUUGCUGCGGCGGCUGAUGGAAACUUAGAGCUUGUCAAAUACCUGGUUGAAAACGGGGCCGAUGCACAUAUCAUUUUACCAGAGGGCGAGGGCAUGUUUUGCAAUGCCCUCUCAGCCGCCGUGGAUAGCAAAAGCGUGGAAACCGCCCGGUAUCUCAUCGGGGAUGUAGGCGUUGAUGUACGCACCCCCCUUCCCGGUUCGAAGCAUGGUUUUGCCCUGCUUGGGGAGGCGGCGUCGGUGCCGGGAAUUGAGAUGACAAAGCUUAUCCUCGACGCGGGAGUCGACGUGGACACGCGCGUCAAUAGUCCCUUUGAGCCAACAGCGCUCAUCACCAAAAUCCAGUUUGGCGACCUUGAGUCCAUCAAAUAUCUUGUCGAGACCGCAAAGGCCGACGUCAACAACUGCGACGCACUGGAAUAUGCCGCACAAUGGGGAGGCCUUGAAAUCUUAAAUUUCCUAGUGGAAGCAGGGGCAGAUGUCAAUGGGCGUUCGACCUCUGGAAGGUAUGGGAGUCCGCUUGCGGCCGCGUCCUCGCGUUCAAACUACUUCGAGCCACUGGGGUUUCUGUUAGCGUCCGGAGCUGAUCCAAACUUGCCUCUGCUAAGUGGGCAUUUUGGGAGCGCGCUUGCAGUCGCCUGCGCCGAAGGCGGGCCCGAGGCCGUCAGACGCUUGCUAUCGGCAGGUGCGGAUCCCAACAUGCCUCUUAGGCAAGGCAGAUGCGGGAGCGCCCUGGCGUGGGCAGCGUUCGAGUCUCCCGAUGUCAACAUCUUCAAAACCCUUCUGGACGCCGGGGCAGAUAUUAACAUGCCGCUUGAGCAUGGCGAAUAUGGGUCAGCGCUCGCCGCAUGGGGCGCGGGGAGAACAGGGUACCCCUUGUCCAUGAGCACGGAAGUCUUUCCCUAUCUGAUCCAAGCAGGUGCCAAGAUCAACAUGCCACUGAAGUAUGGCUUCUUCGGCAGCGCCUUCGCAGCAACGGUAUUCAGUGGCCAAUUGGACAAGAUCGAGCUAUUAGUUGAUAAGGGCGCAGACGUGCACAUGCGGCUCGAAGACAACGACUUCCCUAACCCACUUGCCAUGGCCGCCACUACCGCUAAAGAUCAUAUAGUGAAGUAUAUGCGCGAACUUGGGGUUGCUAUCAACCCAAAAUACCCAGGGAAAAGAUACGGUAGUCCACUUAUUGCUGCAGCAGUGUUCGGGAAACGGCACCAAGUGGAAUAUCUACUUGACAAUGGUGCAGAGGUAAAUGCAAAGUACGAGGGCUCAUACUAUUCCACUGCGCUGCAGGCUGCAAGGGCCAGUAUUGAGCUGGAAGAUCGGCAGUGGAUGCGACGAGAGAGCCCCCACAGCUGUCACGCAGAUGUUGACAGGUGUGUUGAAGCGUGGGCAGAGGAGAAGCCUGGCAUUGUCGACCUGCUUCUUGAGUGGGGAGCGACUGCUUGA